CUGCUUAGUAACUUGCUACCGAGAGACGGAGAGACAGAAGGCGACAGACGGAAAGAAGAGAUUUGUGUUUGUGCUGAAAGUUAGAAAGUUCAGCCUGGACAGUGUGGGUUCAGUAUGGGGAAGAAGAAAGAGGACAAAGAAGAGCAGUCUGAGUAUGGAGCAGCAACACAGUAUGACCCGACGUUUACUGGACCCCUUCACAACAGGAGCUGCACUGAUAUCAUCUGCUGUAUCCUCUUCAUGCUGGUCGUUGUUGGAUACAUGGUGGUUGGAAUUCUGGCGUGGCUGUAUGGUGACCCACGACAUGUUCUUUACCCACGUAACUCCACCGGCAUGUUCUGUGGCCUCCCUCCCAAUCAGAAUAAGCCGAAUGUGUUUUAUUUUAACAUCCUAAGUUGUGCCACAGCGACGAACAUCAUGGCCGCCGCACUUCAGGGCCUCCAGUGUCCCACCACUCAGAUCUGUGUGAGUUCGUGUCCCUCAGAUUUCUGGUCUCUGAACAUUUUAGCCUACACGGCUCCCUCUUCAGACUUACAGAAAUACUUUAAACAGGAACUGUGUGUGCAGUCCUUCAACCUCAGCACCACCAAACUCUCUGCAUCAGACAUCAUUAACAAGGAGUUGUGUCCAUUCUUCUACACACCCACCACUCCAGUUUUGGGAAGGUGUUUACCCACUUUAGGUCCGGCGUACGAUAACGUCCCAGACACCUUCAAACUCCCCGGGAUGACACCCAAUCAGACUGUCAACACAAUCAAGAAUGCUACGGGUAACAUACUGGGUCAGUUCAAUGCCCGAGACGUUGGCGUUCGCAUCUUCGCAGACUUUGCUUCUACUUGGCAGUGGAUCGUUUUAGGCCUGGUGAUAGCGAUGGUGGUCAGUUUGCUGUUCCUUCUUCUGUUGCGCUUCCUGGCUGCCAUCUUGAUUUGGAUCCUCAUCCUUGGAGUUCUGGCAGUGGGAGCAUUCGGUAUCUGGUACUGCUAUAACGAGUACGCGUUGUUGGCGAACUCCACCCUGACCUACAAUAAUGUCGGCUUCACCACCAACGUCAACGUGUACCUGCAGAUCCGUGACACGUGGCUUGCCUUCUUGAUUAUUCUCUGUGUGGUUGAAGCCGUUCUGCUGUUGACUCUGAUUUUCCUCAGAACUCGAAUUCUCAUCGCCAUCGCUGUUAUUCGGGAGUCCAGCAAGGCGGUGGGCUACAUGAUGUCUACACUGAUUUACCCAGUUAUCACCUUUGUGAUGCUGCUUGUGUGUGUCUCAUACUGGGGCAUCACAGCUCUUUAUCUGGCUACAUCUGGAGGUCCACUCUACAAUGUUGUGGCUUUAAACUCUUCAGAUAGCGGCUGCAGCUCCAUCACCGGCAACCAGAGCUGUGACCCAAUGACGUUUAACUCCUCCCUGUACGCGAGCUGUCAGUCUGCACGCUGCAUGUUUAUAAAGUACAACACAGACGGUUUGUUCCAGAGGAACCUGUUUAACCUGCAGCUGUAUAACGUUGUGGGCUUCCUGUGGUGCGCUAACUUCGUCAUCGCUCUGGGACAGUGCACGCUGGCCGGAGCCUUCGCCUCCUACUACUGGGCCUUCCACAAACCCUCUGACAUCCCAGCAUGCCCUCUGGUCUCCUCCUUCAUGAGAGCGCUGCGGUAUCAUGUCGGCUCUCUGGCCUUCGGAGCUCUAAUUCUCACUCUCGUGCAAAUAGUGCGCAUCAUUCUGGAGUACAUUGACCACAAGUUCAGAGAGGCUCAGAACCCGUGUACUCGGUUCCUGAUGUGCUGCCUAAAAUGCUGCUUCUGGUGUCUGGAAAAAUUCAUCAAGUUUCUCAACAGAAACGCAUACAUAAUGAUCGCCAUCUAUGGCAAAAACUUCUGCGUUUCAGCCAAGAAUGCCUUCUCACUGCUCAUGAGGAACAUCAUCAGGGUGGUGGUGCUGGAUAAAGUGACCGACCUGCUGCUGUUCUUUGGCAAACUGCUGGUGGUUGGAGGAGUUGGUGUUCUGGCCUUUUUUGUCUUCAGCGGAAGGAUUGUGAUUCCCAACUUCACAGCUUCAUCACUCAACUACUACUGGAUGCCCAUCAUUGCGGUAGUUUUCGGUUCGUAUCUCAUCGCGAGUGGGUUCUUCAGUGUCUACAGCAUGUGUGUGGACACACUCUUCCUCUGCUUCUUGGAGGAUCUGGAGAGGAACGACGGCAGCGCUGAGAAACCCUACUACAUGUCGAAGAACCUGAUGAAGAUCCUGAACAAGAAAAACAAAGCGGCUACAAAAUGAAGCUCCACUUCCUGCUCCGCUACAAUCCAGUCACAUGACUGUCACAUGACCAAUCAUCUCUCCUACCUGCUCUCACACAAGGCACUUUAGCCUCCUUGUUUAGCACGCAUUUGAUUUUUCAUGUUUUUAUUUAUUUAUAUUUUUUUAUCUUUACGAAUCCGUUUCCUCACUUUAUUGUUUUUAAUUAAACACUUAUGAUUUUAUACCUUAAAACACAAGUUUUAGCGUCUGUUAAAAUCUUAUACACGAACUCAUUAAAACAGCUGAAAGAUUAAACCAAAGAUCUUGAAGACCAACCGCAGACUAAACAGUGUUCGUCUAAAAGUUGGUCAAAGCCAAAUGUACAAAUCUUUCCUAGGAAUGAUCGUUUUCUUUUUCAUUAGCAUUAGCAUUAGCACCACUCUUUUAUAUUUAGCUACAAAAACGAAUCCCAGACUUAACACAAUUGACCAACGUUUGUCUAAAAACAUGUAAUUAGUGUCAUUUUAUUUAACAAACACUAAUCCCAGACUAAACACAGAUGAAGCUUUGGUUAAGUUAUUUUAAACCUCUGGCCAGUGAAGCUGAAACGUGUGUGUGUGUGUGUGUGUGUGUGUGUGUGUGUAUAGACUAAUAUAUUUACAGAUGAGAUGUCAGCGUGACUAAAACAUUUUGACUUCCAUUUCUUUUUAAGUGACUAUUGUUUAUUUUUAUGAACUCUUUAAAGCCAUAAAACAGAUUUUUUUUUUAUCGUCUGAAGCUUUUAGUUCCCGGAGAAAGUUUUUUUUUAUUUUUAUUUUUUGAACAAAUGAAGAUGUUUAAUAUCCGUGAACAUGACAUUACUGUAAAAUGGUUGAAAUAUACUUGUGUAAUAAUUCUAUUUUCUCUGGUGUCUUUAUCGAGUUUGUAGAUUUCCGUGAGCAGAGUGUAAUUUAUAGAAAUGUAAAUAAAGUAGAAUAUAAAGUG